AACACUGUUCAGUGAAUUUCAGAUCACUUUGUCUGCUCGAACAUGCUCACUCCAUUGUUUCUAUUUUUGAUAGUUUCAGGGCUGGCCCUUUUCGUCGUACGAGGAGAAGUCUGUCCUCCCUCUGAUGAAUUCCCCUUAUGUGCAGAUUGCGGUGAUAAAAUGCAAAGUUUUACAAAUCUUCAUGAAAUGUAUGACGCAAAGUGUGAUUUCCAGCAUUAUGGAUAUUGUACCGCAAACCACGCUCCAUGUACCCUCGAGUUGGCCCCAAAGUGUGCAUGGAAUGGCCGUAAAUUUAAAAGCUUUUCAAACCCAUGUUUGCUAAACCAAUUCAACAAAUUUUACUACGAUCAAUAUGUAGUGGUUUCCAACUGCCCGUGUAGGGACGACGCGAACUCGUAAAUUUUUUAGUUAUUAUAACAAAUAAUUUUGGAAGAAAUAAAUAUACUGCAAACGAUUCAAAUUUUCAA